AUGGCUGCUAGCGACAUUCUCGAAACCAACGGCGCUCCCGCCGCCGCUCCCGCCGCCACUCCCCGCCGCUUAUUGCUCGUCUCCGUGCCUCGCACCGCGUCCAAUCUUCUUCUAAAAAUCUGGAAUAUCCCAAACCAGCCUAACCUGCUCACCAGUCCCAAGGGCGGUUACUUCUUUUAUCCAGCGUUCAUCGAAGCAACGCAGUAUGGCGACUUCCUGAACAAACCCGGGGACCAGUGGACCGAUGAACAACAAAUCAAGGUGAAAAAUUCUUGCCAGAAGUGUGUCGACGCCUUGGAGGAGUACUCGGCACGGGCCAAGGAGAACAACCAAGUGAUGUUCACGAAAGAACACGCGUACUGGAUGUACAGCCCUGCCGCUCUCCAGAAGUCAAUCACUGGCCAUCACGAUCAGGAGUUCUUCAAGGCGUUUCGGGUCGACGUACCCGAGACCUACGGCACUGCCAGGACCUACUCGCCAUCAAACGAAACCAUUUUUUCGGACGAAUACCUGCGCUCAUGGCAAAUGGUGUUCAUAAUUCGUCAUCCGGCACUGGCAUGGCCAUCCAUGUAUCGUGCCAUGCAGAAGAUGGCGGACUCGGGAAUAAUCGACGAGGACGGCGUGGUGGGCUCUUCAACUACCCACAUGACCAUGCACUGGUCCCGCAUGUUAUACGACUGGUCGCUGGAGCAGCCGGAUGUGCCUGUCGCACCGCCUGUGAUUGAUGCCCACGAUCUAAUCCACAACCCCGAGGUUGUCCUCAAGCUCUGUGAGCUGACUGGGCUAGACAAGAGUGCGGUGCAGUUUGAAUGGGCAGGCAAUAGCGAGAAGAAAUCUCAGCACUGGGCAUGUCACGACCCCGAUGCCAGCAUCGAAGAGGUGAAGAUGCAUCAGCACGCUGCAAGAGUGAUGCUUUCUACGCUUGAAAGUUCGUCAGGUAUUGUCAAGGACAAGGCCCCUGAGAUCAUCGACAUCGCUGCGGAGGCAGCGAAGUGGCGGGAUGAGUUUGGAGAAGAAGCUGGUGUGCUUAUCGAGGAAUCCGUUCGCGAUUCGAUGCCUGAUUAUGAGUAUCUAAGGGCUCGGCGGAUCACUUUCUAA